UUCCAACAAGGGGAUGCGAGAAGCCAGUCAAUGUUGGCUCCUCGGUAAAACAACAAAAGAGGGAAAUUGCACCUGACAACCUCUGGUAAUCAGUAAAUUCGUAUCCUCUCAUCUGUUCGAUUAUUUGCUCAUCUACUCCCUUUUCCCCUCUCCGUCUUUUUGAAUUUGAUCACCUACCCUUCAACCAUUGUUUCUCUCUUUGGGUAGAACAAGGCAAAUUUAAACAAUUUAGUUUUCGAAUUAUUGUUUAAAUUCGUGGUAUUCUUGGUUUUCCUUCGUGACCUUCUCCAGGCUAAGGUCCUUCGUGUUCGAUCUACCUCUCCCAUUGUUGUAUUGGCCCGGUUCUGGGUAUCAGCACUGCCCUCCCCCCUUCUUUUAGUUUUGUUUGUUGAGUUGUUUCAGAGGAGCUUGGUUGACUGAAAUUUGCUGCUUCGAAAGAUAAUGAAUUGGGUUCAGCGCAAGAUCUACCUCUACAAUGUCACUUUUGGGCUUUAUAUGCUGGAUUGGUGGGAGCGUUAUCUUUUCAAUACUUUGAUGAUUGUAUUAAUGUGGUUCGUGCUCUACAAUGGGUCACGAUAUGUUACAGAAUUCUUCAAGAGUAUUUCAGGCAUGUAUGGUGAGAACUGAGAGCCAAAAUCAUUCUCAUGGAAAUUGCCAAUAAGGUGACUUGGAGAUCUGAGUGUUGCAGCCUGCAUAACUGUAAUAUAUAUUAUUCGGGAAUAAUUUGUUUGUAGCAAAAAAAAAAAAAAAAGAAUGGGACUGCAUGAAUUUCCUAGGCCUGCAGAAAAGACUGCAUCUCCCCCAUGUUGUCUUUGAUGAAUUUCUUAAUCACCUGUCUCCCCUUAUGUAGUGUGGCCAUUUAUGGGGAUGUUAAGUGCCAUUCACAUGACUUGGUUAAUUAAUCUUUUAUAAUUUUUUGAGA